AUGCAGAAUAAGACACUGAACGUCGACGUGCGCACAGAGCGUGCGCAUAAGACAAUGAAGAUGUUAGAGGAGCGUUACCGCAACUCAUAUAAAGAAGCCAUACAUUUCCAACUCCUCAAAGCCCAGAGAUACCAAGCACUGAUGUACUACAGACAACAAGUGCAGGUGGAUGCUCUCAUUAUGGCAGACAAACAACCUGAUGGGAGUGAGGGACACUUAUCGGGUAUCGAACACACUAAGUUUCACACUAUGACUGAGGCAAACAUAAGAACGGCAUCUAAUGUGUAA